UCCGAUUGCCUGGCCGCCGCAUCAAUCAGCCGGGCCCGGCUCCUCUGUUUAUUUUUAACAGCAAAAGGGCGGGCGGGGAAAAUGGUUGCUGGGAUGAGGAGAAAAUACAUUUUUCCGAAAUAAUUGUCCCGGGCCGCGAUGCCGAGGUAGAGCCGGAAGGCCGAGAGCGAAUGAGCUUGCUGCAUGGCGGCCGCCGCCUCGUACGACGAUGCCGUGUCGGAGCGCUCGAGCUCCGAGGGCGAGUACCCGAUGUCCGAGCGCCGGGGAGCGGCCGCUGCCUUCCAGCUGGCCGCCUUCGGCCAGGACUGCGGCCGCCUGGGCGCCGGCGACCGGGCCGAAAGCCUCGGCUACCUGCACUUCAUGUGGCAGCAGCAGCAGCAGGAGGAGCGGGGGGAGACGGGAGGCCGCCAACAGGAGCUGACCGGGAAAAUGGGCGUCAACCGCCUGAAAUGGAAGGUUAAGGUUCACCGCAAGGCUUGUCCCCUGGGCAAAGAAGUCCUCGCUCAAAAGCGUUUACGAGAAGCUGCAAAUUCAAAUGAAGUCGAGAUUGUGAGCCAACUACUUGAAUGUGGUGCUGAACCAUGUGUAGCAGAUGACAAAGGCAGGACUGCCCUUCACUUCGCCUCUUGUAAUGGAAACAGUUCAAUUGUACAGUUGUUGUUGGAUCAUGGAGCAGACCCUAACCAGAGGGAUGGACUGGGAAACACACCAUUGCACCUGGCUGCCUGUACAAACCAUGUACCUGUAAUCACUACACUCUUAAGAGGAGGUGCUAGAGUGGAUGCCCUGGACCGAGCAGGAAGGACUCCACUCCACCUUGCUCGCUCUAAACUGAACAUCCUACAAGACGGACAUUCACGGAGCCUGGAGGCCCUCCGGGUAGAGGUGAAACAGAUCAUUCAGAUGCUGCGCGAAUACUUGGAAAGACUGGGUAACCAUCAAGAAACUGAGCAGCUGGAUGAUCUUUGUUCAAAACUUCAGAUGACCAGCACAAAAGAACAGGUUGACGAAGUUGCUGAUUUGCUGUCAAGCUUCACUACACUCAGUCUACAAAUACACAAAUUAGGUAAUAGGUAGCUGAACACAGUCUGUCCACUGCCAUUGGUACAAUUCUACUGGAAUUGAUGUAAAAAAAAUCUGUGAAAGCAAUGUAGAAAUGACUGAUUUUUUUAGAACUGCGUUUGUGACAUUUUGUCGUCUUGAACUGCUUGUGAUCUUUGUUUUGGCAACGUAAAUUCUCGUCUUUUACAAUAAUAAAAAUGUUGAUAAUCUUUAUGGAAACAAAAUUUGAGCAUCACAAGGCAACAAUUGUUAGCUCUGGUGGGAGUUUUAUUACCUCCUGAAAUGAUCCCUUACUGUAACAAUGUGGACUAGCCUGAUCUACAAGUAUGACACCUUCAACACAGUGAAGAUAUUUAUGACGACUAUUGACUGAUGUUAAGGCAGAAAUUGAUUAAGUAUUCUGAUUUUAUUGCAGGCGGUGUUGGUUUGAUUAAUAAACCAACUGUUCACUUUCAGAAUCUGUCCGCCAUUCAUGUUUAAAUUUGCAGUUAUUGAUCACAGGAAUGUUAAACGUUGACAGUAUAUAGGUUUUAAUGUAAAAUUUCAGUGCGUGAAAUAAAGUGUAAGAAACUGAG